AUGGAAAGUAAAUUAAACUUGAUCAAGACUUUGCUUAAUUCCAUAGUAACAAGAUGGAAAUUGUUAGAAAAGUUAGACAUGAAUGCUAAGGGAAUAUUUGAAGAUUUAAUUAAUAUGUAAGAUUAAAUGAUGUAAAUAUCUACAAUAAACUGAAGGGCAAUAAAAAAGUAAAAAUAUGACGAUAAUUUAUAUUUUGCAGAAAUAGAUGAUUUAGCAUAAUUAAAAAUAUCAAUAGAAAAAGAAUUGUUAUUUAUAUAAUUGUGUAAUAAUAACAAUGAAUAUGUAAACCAUAAAUGAAAAAUUAGUUUGAAAUUAUUGAAAAAAUUUAAGAAACAUUUUAAAAUUUGAAUAAAAUCUUGUAAGAUUAAAAAUUUCCUAGCUCGAAAGCAGGUUAGUUAUGCAUCAUUUUAGAUAGAAUGUAAAUUAAAAAAUUUAAAUAGCUAAAUUUUAAUUAACCAACUUAAAUAAAAUCAUAAAAUUAGAUCAACAAUCAAGGAUCACAAUAAUUAUAGAUAUGCUUUAUUAAAUUACUUAUAUAAACCAAUAGUUGAUGAUUUCUCUCCAAUCCUUGAUAUUCUAGUAUAGUUUUGA